GGUGUAUGUAGGUAGCCAGUACCUUUAUAAGCUGAGAGAAAAGGCCGGUUGUUUCCAGAAGACAACUGCUACCGUGUCCCAAGGACGGCAGCUCUCUGGAGCGGAGUUCCUGUCCCGAACAGGCAGACUUCUCCUUCAACAUCCUGGAGAGGAGUCUCCAAUAACACAUAGGCAGGUGUCUGCAGCUCCUCCUGUCCCCGUCCUGUCCAGUAGUGUGAAAUCGCAGGAUGUCCCGGAACCCCGAGGUGAAGGAUAGCCCGAUGGAGUGCCCGCUGUGUAUGGAACCACUGGAGAUCGAUGACGUCAACUUCUUCCCCUGCACCUGUGGGUACCAGAUCUGCCGCUUCUGCUGGCAUCGAAUCAGGACAGAUGAGAACGGUCUCUGUCCCGCCUGCAGAAAGCCGUACCCAGAAGACCCGGCAGUGUACAAGCCGCUGUCACAGGAGGAGCUGCAGAGGAUAAAGAACGAGAAGAAGCAGAAGCAGAACGAGAAGAAGCAGAAGAUCACAGAGAACAGAAAACAUCUGGCCAGCGUCCGAGUGGUCCAGAGAAACCUGGUGUUUGUAGUGGGGCUGUCUCAAAGGCUGGCUGACCCUGAGGUUCUAAAGAGGCCAGAAUAUUUUGGGAAGUUUGGGAAGAUACACAAAGUGGUGAUCAACAACAGCACAUCAUACGCUGGUUCACAGGGGCCCAGUGCCAGUGCCUAUGUCACAUAUAUUCGGUCUGAAGACGCUCUCAGAGCAAUCCAGUGUGUCAACAAUGUAGUUGUUGAUGGCAGAACACUUAAGGCUUCUUUAGGAACCACAAAAUACUGCAGCUACUUUUUAAAGAGCAUGCAGUGUCCCAAACCAGACUGCAUGUAUCUACAUGAGCUGGGGGAUGAAGCAGCCAGUUUCACAAAAGAGGAGAUGCAGGCAGGAAAACAUCAAGAGUAUGAGCAGAAACUACUACAAGACCUCUACAAAUUGAACCCGACCUUCUUGCAGACCUCAGUUGUGUCAGGGGACAAACCAAAGAGCAAAGCCAGCUCUCUGCAGAGGUCUAACAGCUCCAGUAAAGAUGGCUGGCUGUCAUUACAGCCGUCAGAGAGGACAACCAAUGGUCUGUCAUCAGACCACAGAAAGAGUCCGCCAUUAGAUGGCUCUGACUCUGAACACUUGACCCCUGAGGGGCCCGAACCUGACCUCAGCCUUGGCCCUGUACCGGCCCUCUCCCCUUUCUCUUCAAACUGUGACCUUGCUAGCCCCAGCAACAAACUGCCAGAAAUCAUCAGUAUAGGCAACGGUGAAACCUCACAACUGCUCCUGGGCAGUGACUCUCCAUCGCCCCCCCCUGGCCUCAGUAAGCCCAGUCUGGUGGUUCCCAUCAGUGUCACAGGCCACACAGUUCACUCCCCGUUUGAGGCAGCUGCAGCAGAGUCCCAGUCACUGUUCUCAGACAACAGUAACUUCAGGCAUCCCAACCCGCUUCCCAGCGGACUGAGCGGCUUCCCCAGCUCCCCACACAACAAUGCUGACUGGCCCACUGCACCAGAGCCACAGAGCCUCUUCAGCUCAGAUACCAUCCCGGUGUCAUCGUCCACAGACUGGCAGGCAGCAUUUGGCUUCGGCUCAUCCAAACAGCAGCAGGAGGACGACCUGGGCUUUGACCCCUUUGAUAUCACUCGCAGGGCUCUGGCUGACCUCAUAGAGAAGGAGCUCUCUGUUGAAGACAGCUUCAGCAACUCCCUGCCUCCCGGCUCCUUCCCCCACAGAACUCAUGGACCCCUGCUAAACAAAGGCCUUGGGCCCCCAGGAGGGCUUCGACUCCCCAACCACCUCCCACCCUCUCAUCACUUCUCCCAGCAUCAGCACCCUCACAGGGGAGGGUACGGUUCCUACAGCUUCCCUACUCACCCUUCAUCGUCAUCUUCAUCCUCCUGCUCCUCCACCUCCUCCUCCUCAGCAUCUUGUGGUUCCUGGAUGGGUCCCCCCUCCUCGCGCAAUAACUUUUUGCAUUUGAACCACAGAGUCAGUCCAACAGCCUCCACCUCACACAGCAGCUUCUUGGACUUGACAGUGCUGCCAAGACAUCACAAUACCGGGCUUGGAGGAAUCCCCAUCUCAGAAAACAGCAGUUGUGUAGAGAGUAUAAGUGUGAAAGAGUGGCAGGACGGCCUCAGAGCGCUGUUACCCAACAUCAACAUCAACUUUGGAGGACUGCCCAACUCCUUGUCUUCCUCAUCGUCAUCCUCCUCCUCAUCUAGCAUCAACCACACGGGGGCACCAGGAGUUUCUGGGAGUGUUUCUCAUAGCCUCUGCUGGGACGACACAGCCAGCUGGAUGGACCCAGCCAUCAUUAGAGGUAUCCCAGCGCCCAGUAGCAACAGUCUGGACUCUCUUCAAGAUGACAAUCCUCCGCACUGGCUGAAGUCCUUGCAGACGCUCACAGAAAUGGACGCCCCACCCAGCUCCGCCUCACAAAACGGUCCCUUUGGGAGCCAGCCACCACCCCACAGAGCUGGUUGGGCACACUACCCGACUCCCACCAACCAGUUCCACUCCCCACCACCAGGCUUCCAGACAGCCUUUAGAACCACAACACAGACCAAGACAGAGCUGCUACAGAGCGCCACUGUCGACCGUCACUAGGGACUGUCAGUACGCACAUACACACACACACCACCCCAGACCAAAUCAGCAGAUACACAGUGCAAAACUAUUAACAACUAAUAAGAUAAUAUAAUAUUUUAAUUUCUUCCUCCUGCAGAUCUUCUGAGCUCUUGUGUUUCUUGUCGUGGUUUCUGAUUGGUUGGUCUGGGCAAGCUAUCCCAGACACAGCUCCCAGAGAGUGUAUGUGAGAGUUGCUUUGGAAAAACAGUCAGUGGUUCAUUACAGAAACUGUUUCCACGAACCUGUAAGGGAAGUAAUUUAGAGACAACAAGCUGCAUCUGAGAAUCAGACCCUUGAUUCUUUGAUCGGGCAGAAAUUGAAGGUUUAGGUAUCGUAGGGUGUAAGGGGCUGCACAGCUAUGGAAGUAUAUUGAUGACAAAAGUUUUGAGAGAGCACAAAACUGUUUUGAGCGCUACUCAGUCCGCAAGUCAACCUGAUCCCUUGAUGGAAGAUAAACCUAAGUCUGCAGGUGGGCGACACAGCCAGAGACUCAUCAAAGUGUUGAGAAUGGUUUGGAAACCCAGAAGCACAAAUCAAAGACUUCAUGCUGGGAUGUUUUGAUCCUGCAGCUCAUGAUCCUGUGUCAUGCAAAGAAAAUCAAGUGACACAUUUUAGAACACACUGCGGUGAAAUUGUGUCGCUCAAAGCCUUUGCUUGUGACAUGUUUGAGCAUGUUUGGGUCUUAAUCAAACUAAAAAGUGGUACAGCAAAAUUCAUAAAACAUGAGGGAACAACAACACAGAGUCUCAUCUCUUUAUUAACUGUAUGUUUGUGGCACCCAGGAUUUGGUUAGUGUGUGAAUGGAGUUGUACACCUGUUGUGAGUUUUAUGUUUGACCAAUCGGCAAACUCUGCUCCAGUAGUUCCUGGGCCAUUGACAGAGGAGUUAGUUCCCUGUGCCCACACGUUCCUACACCGGUGCCCGGGCCUUUGUAAAAGUUCCUGCGGUGGGUGAAUGUUAAUCGAAGUUAAACUCUGCAAAGAUUCCAUUGAUAUAAUUAAUUUUAAUUAGAAAUCUAUUUUAAAUUCUCUCUCCAGCUCCAGGCUACUUUAGCCGGCGACUAGCAUGACACACCUGAAUCUCUCUCUGAGUUUUGUUCCCUUUUUUUAAACUGUCCACCACGAGUCUGACAGUGUUAUAGGAGGGCGAUGCAAGAUCAGUGGAAUACUCUUUUAAUUUACACAAUUGUGUCGAGAAAAGACAAAGGGAAGAGAUGCAAUACUUGUAUUGACAGGGAAGCAGUGUUCCCCUCUGGACAGGCGAUGCUUGUUCUGUUUAUUCCACGGUAGUGGUCUGCAUACAUGGAUGUUUUCACAUCUGUUGGCAUGUAUGGUCCACACAUCUUCAUGUUUUGGGCUUAACGUCCCUCAGCGACAUACACUUGCAAACAGAACAAUAAUUUGUGCAAAGGAAUGCAAUGCUUUUCACUGAUCAGUAAAUGCAUUUGGAUCUGUGCCACAGGCUGAAAGCCUUCCAAGUUAAAAGUGUGUCUGCGUGGACCUCUUUUAAGCUGCUCAGUGAGUUUUCACCUUGUGCCCCUGGAGAUCUGUUGGCCAAACCUCUGUAUCAGAGGGUUGAAGGAAGACAAACAGCAGCAGGAUGUGAAGGAUCUCAGCUCAGAUCAGGUGCAGUGCAGUCAGUGCCACUGUGUGGCGCUCACUGUCAGCCGUCUUCUGAGACCUCGCCCAUUGUCCCAGAUUUCUAUGACAGCUUAAAACCUCAAAUACAUGAGUGAUGAUGACAUGUGGGGUUGGCUCUGUUGUUCUGUGGUCAUGUAAUUUGUAUUUACUCAGACAGGAAGUGUUUUGUUCAGUCAGUCAUUUGUCAUUUGUUGAAUGUUUCGCAUGUCAGCUUUUAGAUAUUUAAAUCAAAGAGUUCUAUUUAGAACAUUUGAGAAGAGGAUUUGUUUGUAAAAAGAGUGUUUUUAAUGUAACCGGGCUGAAGCAGGACGCUCUUUUGAAUGAAACACGUAACCUCACAGGAAUUUUACUGUGUCUUUAUCAUAUCAGAAGAUGAGUUGACUCUCGAGGCGCUGUGUGCUGGGAUAGAAGCUUCAGACCAACUCAAACCAUCAGUAACAUGAGGUGUACAUCAUGUACCCCUUCUCAUCCUAAAGCUUCAGUUUUUCAUUGUCCUACAUUGUGUCUUUUUUCCAUCAGGUCCUGACAUCUUUCGUAAUUCAACAGUAUUCUUGAGGAUUAGGACACUGAUGCAAUCUAACAUGUCACAAUGUUCAAACAUGUGUGAAAUGAAGAGCUGAGGGGGAUCCCAUCUCUCUGCGUCUGGAACAUUAAACAAAUAAUCAAAUA